AUGGCGCUGCGAAUGGCGCGGAGCAUGUUAGCCGCGGCCCGCAGCCUACAUGCAACCCCAGUGCUCGCUGUGCCCAACCCGCCAUGGCCCUGGCCCCGGCCCCGGCUGGUAAGGGCGGGCGUCAUUCGGGCACUGCGCAUGGGACGCACUUUGCUCUCCGAGCGUACAUUCACACACAAACAUGAAUGGAUAACUACAAAAACUGACACUGGAACAGUGGGAAUCAGCAAUUUUGCACAGGAAUCUCUGGGAGAUGUUGUUUAUUGUAGUCUACCUGAAGUUGGGACAAAAUUGAAAAAACAAGAUGAGUUUGGUGCUUUGGAAAGUGUGAAAGCUGCCAGCAAACUCUAUUCUCCUCUAUCAGGAGAAGUAACUGAAAUUAAUGAGGCACUUGCAGAAAUCCCAGGGCUUGUGAACAAAUCUUGUUAUGAAGACAGUUGGCUGACAAAGAUGACACUGAGUGACCCUUCAGAACUAGAUGACCUAAUGAGUGAAGAAGCAUAUGAGAAAUAUGUAAAAUCAACUGAGGAGUGA